GUAAACAAAAAAUUCCAUUUAAGUAGUAUUGUCAUAUCAAUGGUUCAAAUACCUAUCAAAUUGCCCUGUGAUGCCGGGAAGCACCAGGAGUUGGCCAUGAUAGGAGCUACAGGGUGCCCUGGAGACCAGCCUUACUAAUAUCACAGUUCAGGUGUUCCAUGGUGUAUUUCAGGCCCGGUGAUGCUGGGAAGCCCCAGGAGUGGGCAAUGAUUGAGCUACAGGGUACGCUGGAGACCAGACAUCCGGUACCCUUCAGUGGCAGAUUUAUUGGGGAUCUCCACUUCACUCACAAGGAUGUUCCGGUGCUGAUCAUUGGUCACCACAUUCUGUAUGGGAAGCUGGUCAGUCUGGAGAAGCCAUAUGGGAUACUGGUCAAAGACAGACAGGCAGACACUGCACACGCCAGCUACACCAUCACCGCCAUUAUCAGGAAAAAACUGCUGUUCAAAAACAGACCAAAACCCAUCAUUGCAAAUGUGCCAAAGAAAUUAUGAGGUUUAUUUAUGAUUGUGUGAAUGAUAGUGUGAAAUUCCAAAAAUGGUGAAUAAUCAUUAAUGAUAUAUGUUAUGUUUCAACUUUGUAUUGUGAUAGAUUAUCUCCCUUCUCUCACAUUUGAUGAACAUGAACAUAUUGAAUCAUAUGAUUUACUUAACUGAUGAGGACAAGCUUGAUUGUGAAAAUAAGGAGAAGUUUUUCAUAGUCCAAGGAGAACUUUUUAUCAUAAGUCAUAUGUUGUCUAUAGAGAGGUUUAACAGUCUGUGAUCAGUAGUUGUUCCUUUGUCAACGGUUGGGUGUGUAAGCUUACCCCCAUCCCCUUGAAUACCUAAUACUUCUGAGUACUUACCUGGAUCCUGCCUAGCAAAUUAUAUUUAACCAUUUUGACACCCAGAGUCUGCAUAACAAAUAAUACUGCCCUCUUGAGUCGAAAAACCUUUAAAGGCAUUUGAGUAUUGUACCACAGGGCGUGGGGUGCUUGGUCAUGUUUUAAGUAGUGAACAAGCUAGCAUACACAGUUUCUUCUAAACCUGCUUGAAAUCUGGUCAGAAUAAGUGUCAUUGUGAAAACUGAAUUCAAUCUUCAUGAAAUUUGGUGUGGAUGUUUGUCUUUAACAUCUUAAUUUAACUUAGGUUUGACAAAGUUAGGUGUUUUCCUUUUCAGACGAGAAGCCAAAUAGUUUUAAACUUUGUCAGAAGUCUAAGAAACCUGGUAGUAGGUCCCUGAUGAAACAUAGAAAAAAAUAUAUCUAACUAGUUUAUAUUUUUUGACGGUGAAAUUAUUUAUAUAUUUAUUUUUUUUUGUGGGAAGGGGUGGGGGUGUUUGUCCAUCUACAAUCUACUCAGUCUUACAUAUAUGUUAGAAUGAAUGUUCUGUUGAUAUCUAGUGUAUUAACUGAGUGUAUAACCCUCUUGUUAUUUGAAUAUUUGUAACAAUUUGAAACAUCAAUUUUAAUAAAAGAA